CUCACAAAACAACAGCUGACAUUGUACGAGAAAGAAAAAUACAAAGCCUGGAAAAUUUUAUUAUAAUUAUAAAGAAUUUACAUUUUACUUAAUUUUAUACGCAAUGGUUGGAGGAGGAUUAAAAAAUUGUAGUGCUAUAUUGUUAAGUACAUUUUGUUUAAUACUCAGCAUAACGCUAAUCAAAGCAGAUGUGCCACCACAAAGCAAUGCCACUGAACCAGUAAAGAAUGAAAAUAAAAUUGAUAAUAACAAACUGUUAAGUAGCACAACAGCGGCAAACUUCAUAAGCUCCGUGGUGCGUGCAACAAACUCUACACCCAAGUGUGUAUGCGAUGGAGCUUUGUUGCCACGCCUCAGUGAAAAUGGUAAAGUUUUGGAAAUAUGUCCGGAAUGCAAAUGCCAACAUGAAGCACGCAACACCACACUGAUUAAGGUCGUUGUCAUUAUUGUGAUUUGGAUCAUAUCCAUUUUAGUUAUAUACAUGCUCUUCCUCAUUUGUUUGGAUCCACUGCUAAACAAACGCGUCAAGGCGAAUUAUCAGGAGCACACAAACGAAGAUGACGAAGCAAGUGGUACUUCACCGCCAAUGCCAACCGGCGUACCUAAUUCAGAAUUGAAUUCUCGCGCUAAUGUUCUAAAUCGUGUCGGCCACCAAACGGACAAGUGGAAGAGACAAGUGCGCGAACAACGUCGCCACAUCUACGAUCGUCGUACAAUGUUGAAUUAAAUUCGCGAUUUAUGGAGAAUGUGAAAUUCGAACAUUUGAAAACUUGGAAUUUAUUAUUUCAAUCAAAUCGUAAAGAAUGUAUGCAAUAUAUCUUAUAUACAUAUAUCAUUAUGCAUAUAUAAUCAUGAGUCACCACGAUCACAGCAUGUGCAUUGGGGCGACGAUCUCAUUACCGGAAAGUACUUGUUUCAACAUUCUCUAUUUUUUUUUUUUUUUUUCUGGUUAACUAAGUAAACUUUAUAUAAAUUAAUGUAUUAAAACUAAUCGUAUUAAACUUUCUCAUAUAUAUAUACGUGCAUACUUUGGGAAGAUAUAUGUAAAUAUGUAUAGUUUUUGUCAAGCCAAUUAAUGUGAGUAUCAGGAUAUCUUUAACACCCCAACUAUUUCUCAAUAAAGUAAGUCGUAAGUCAUAAAAA